UGGAGGGAGGGCAGGAGAGGCGGAUUAGCGCAGCGUCAGUGCUCGGUUUUAGACUACAACAAACACACAAGUGAUUGAGAGAAAAGCGUACAAGGGAAGAAGCCCAUUUCCACCUGCCUGUCCUCUUCGGUCAGCAUCAGCAUCUCUCCGAGCUCUCUCCAUCCAGCACCCGCUGCGUUCAAGCAUGUCUCUGUCCGGCACGCAGACACCGGAGGACGGACUCUACGGCUCCUGGGUCGAGCUGGAGGAGCUGAUCGCAGCCGUGAGCCGCAGGGAGAGUCUGACCGGGCCGGAGGACAGCAUCUCCUCCACCCUGCAGGGGGAGCUGGAGAGGAUCCUCCUGGAGGCCCAGCUCGAGUGUGAGAGGAGUAGAGACAGUCCUCCACAGGUCGGGACUCCACAGUCCACCGGUUCUCCAAGACCCUCUAGUGAGCAGGACAGUGACUGUGUCCCCAUACAGGAGGAAAGUGAGCGACGAGGGGACACUGACUGGGUGUGGGAUUGGUCCAGUAGACCUGAAAACAUCCCACCAAAAGAGUUUGUGUUUCAGCACCCAAAGCAGCAGGGCUCCCUCAGCGUGAGGAAGACAGAGGUGAUGAAGAGAGGUAUCUUCUCCUCCGAUGUCCUCCUCCUCCUUGGUCCCUCAUUGCUGGCUUCACACCUGCUCACACUUGGAGUCGGGAUCUACAUAGGAAAGCGAUUGGCUGCUUCCACAACUAGCACGCUGUGACGUUGGCUGUAGCCCAGUGACCCCAUUCGCUAACAAUCUGGCCAAUAAGGUCAAAGUCCGCCCUCUCUACUGCACUAAAUUGCCUCCUUCCUUGUUCAUCAUGGGACAACCUUAGGAUCCUGCCUGUCUGUCUCUCUGUUCAUCUGUAUGUCUGUCUACCCAGCAGCACUCUGCCAGUCUGUCUGCCUGUCUGUCUGUCCGUCAGCCUUUCUGUCAGCCUGUGCAUGUCGUAGGGCCCAGAAGCGGAUGAAUGCCGACCAAUGAGUCAGACUGAGGUCACUUUUACUCUCCUGGAGAGUAACGCUGAUCUCAACCAGCUAAAGCAUAAUCAGAGAGGAGAGAUUGCCCAGAUACAAGAGACAGGAGAGAGAGAGAGAGAGAGAAUUUCACCUAGCUAGAACAAUAAAUCCCUUUGAUACGAAGAGAUGAAAGCGGUUCAUUGGGAACAGUGUGCUCGGACGAAAUGAGAAAGAUAAUAUGUGGUAGCCUUUCACCCAACCUUUGAAAAAGCAAAAUGUCUGUCAUUUGUCAAAAGUAAUGACCCUCUGUAAGUCUAAGCUGCUAAAAGUGGUUCUUGGGGGUUUUCCUGCCCUGAUGGUGUAGCUAAAGUAGAGACUUUUAGUUGGCUGAGUGAAUGUAGAAGUGGCUCUGGUUGUGCUUUUUGUCCAAUAAACCAAUUAAAUAUUUGACCUCCGACAAAGACAAUCAUGACCCCAUUAAACUUCACUCCUCAAAACUUUGUGUGUGCCU